AUGAUUAACGUGGGCUACAACCUAUGCCUUCCGGCCAAGUAUGGUCGAGACAUCCAGACCGUGGGCCUCGAUACCUGUAUCGGGGUCGUCGCGUAUGGCCUGCCUUCAACCCAAGGCGGUGUCAACAAGGUCAUGGCCCAUGCCUCAACUGGCGGGGUAGACGAGAUCAUCGGACAGCGGUUUAUCGCCGAGGUACAGAAGUCCCGCAUGACUAUCCACGGCAUCUGUAUGAGCUGCCCGAGCCCCGAUAGGAACAACAACGGCCCCGACAAGCUGUCGGACGACGACAUACGGCGCACGCUCGCCGAGGAAUACGGCCUCCACCCGAGCCAAGUGACCCCGGCCCGGAUCCAGCAGUUCCGGGACGGCCUGGUACGGAUGCUCCAGGGCGCGAACAACCGAGCCGCCGAGUACUGCGUCCAAUACUUCGGCGUCAACCCCACGGUACGCAUCCGGGAGAACCGCCACGUCCGCGACCCGCCCCCCUACGGCACCCUGGUUGCUUCCGCAAGCCCCGGGGGCGAGGUCCGCGCCGAGGGCCACAGGAUGGCGAGUAUUCCCAACGGGACCGCCACCGCCGCCCCCGCUGCCGCUGCCGCCUCGUCCUCGCGUGACAGCGCCCCCAAGCGGGCACCGGCGGCGCCUAGCUCCAGCUCCAAAAAACCCGCUUCUGCUAGCAACUCCAAGAAGCCUCCUCCGGUUAGCUCCAGCGCCAAGAAGCCUCCUCCCGCUAGCUCCAGCAGCUCCCGGCACAAGUCCUCGAGUUCGAGGGGCCACUAA